CGGCAUAGCGGCACCCCGCUCCACGAUCCCGAAAGUUGCCAUGGACUUUCACCAUUCUGUAGCAUUUUCUAAUGUCCCCGACACGCCAUCUCUGACUCCUCCCGGCGAGGUCGCAUAAGUCAUGCAGCAGAGGCCAAGCUUCCCUCCGAACAAGAACAAGAUGCGAGACCUUCCUUGCAGUCGCAGUCAAUAUGACCCAGAAGAGAGACUUUUUCUUUUCUAGAUGCUCAUAAGAGCGGCCCAUCCCCCGCCAACUGAAAACCCCAGUCCCCAUAGACACGCGCGAGGAACAGCUCGUCCAAGGCUAUAUAAGCCACAAUAAAGAGUCAGGACAAGACAACGCUGCAGCAGUGACACUUUGAAAUCCUGAAUGAAGCAAGAAGAUCGAGCGGCAAAUAUACUGGGAGAGGAUCGAUCAUCGUUCGUGUUCAGGACAGGGGAACAAGGUGCUGCAGCUGUCAGGACUUUGUCUGGUCGUGGCAUGUGUGCUGAUGCUUGGGCGUGUCCAACUCUGAAACUCUUGAAGGUGCAGACUAAUCGGACCACGAACAUACGACGUGUUUCUCUGAUUCUGAAGUAGCGAAGUGGCACUAACGGGGGAAGGAGCUGGGCAGAGAGAUGGAUCCGCCGGACGACGGGAGUCACGGCAGCAGCGAGAGGCACGAGAUCGUCGUCGACGCGCCGGAGCCGACGCGGCUGAUGGACUUCAUCCCCAUCUACAUUCCGACGGUGGAGAAGGGCGCGCUGAGCAGGAGCCUGCGCAAGAGGCGGUUCCUGGACUUCCUCCGCGCACGCCCGUCCAAGGACUGGUUCCUGCGGUCAACCUUCGUCGGCCGCCUCCGCCGCAGGAGCCAGAUCACGUCCAGGGAAGAAGAAGAAGACCAUGACGACUCCGACGAGAACUAUGGCGAGUGCCGGCUGCGGAGGCGGGGCCGGUUCCGCGUGCCGUUCGUGCGGAAGAUCAAGUGGGGCAAGCUGUGGUCCUCCGCGGCGAGGUGGUGCAAGCGGCCAGCCAACUUCGCGAUGAUCAUCUGGCUGGCCUUCGUGGCCGCGGGGCUGCUGCUGCUGUUCCUGCUCAUGACGGGGAUGCUCGACGGCGCCAUCCCGCAGGACGCCAGGCGCAAGGACUGGACGGAGGUGAUCAACCAGAUCCUCAACGCGCUCUUCACCAUCAUGUGCCUCUACCAGCACCCCACCAUCUUCCACCACCUCGUGCUGCUCCUCCGGUGGCGCCCCGACGGCGACCGCGACGAGGUACGGAAGGUGUACUGCAAGGAUGGGGCGCCGGCCGAGCCGCACGACCGCGCGCACAUGCUGGUCGUGGUGGCCCUGCUGCACAUCACCUGCCUGGCCCAGUACUUCUGCUGCGCCCUGUUCUGGAGCUACUCGCGCACCGACCGGCCGGACUGGCCGCUCAACAUCGGCUACGGCGUCGGCACCACCUUCCCCGUCAUUGCCGUCAUCUACAUGGCGUACAGCCCGCUGGGUCGGAAGCAGCAUGACACGGAGUCGUCCUCGGCCGAAGAGGCGCACGGUCACAACGGGGACGUGGAGAUCAGGGUAUACAACCGGUCCGUGGUGGUGGGCAGCCCGGAGUGGAGCGGCGGGGUGUUCGACUGCUGCGACGACGCGACGGUAUGCACGCUUUCGGCGACGUGCACGUUCUGCGUCUUCGGCUGGAACAUGGAGCGCCUCGGGUUCGGCAACAUGUGCGUGCACACCUUCACCUUCAUCCUGCUCUGCAUCGCGCCCUUCCUCGUCUUCAGCGCCACGGCGCUCAACAUACACGACCACGACAUCCGCCUCAUCGUCGUGGUCGUGGGCGUGCUCCUGGGCUUCUUCGGGUUCCUCUACGGCGGCUACUGGCGGAUGCAGAUGAGGAAGCGGUACAAGCUGCCGGCGAGCGGCGGCAGGCCGGGGUGGGCCGCGGUGGGCGACUGCGCCAAGUGGCUCUUCUGCUGGAGCUGCGCGCUGGCGCAGGAAGUGCGCACGGCUAACUUCUAUGACGUCGAGGACGACCGGUUCGUCGCCCACGGUGCGCGCAACGAGGAUGGUCGCGCCGUGCUGAUGCCACUGCCACGGGAGGCAUCGGCGACGUACUUCCGGAGCAUCUCGUGCCCACCCAAGAUUGACGCGAUGGUGGCAUUGAGUGACGGCGGCCUGAGCUCGCCCGUUGUGCAGAUGGGCGACAUUGCCAUGGAGAGAUCGGCCACAUACAACGGCUACGGCGCCAAUCUUGAUCGCCAACAUGCCAUGAGGCCGCCUCUGCCUACGCUGAUACAAAUGGACAGGGAAGAGUGUAGCUCCAACUAGAUUAGAUCAUGAGUCUUUGGUGAUUAUGUGUAUGUUCGUAAAGGAUGGUGUGAUUUUUUUUCAACUGCAGCAGGACUACUCUUCAGUUUCUGCGUCU